GGUCAAAUUUUCAAAUCACCCCCCGAUAAGAUUAAGAUCCCUCUCCUCCGCCGUUCAAACCGUUCUCUGAAAAAUCUGAUCUUUUUUUCAAGAAAUUUGUUCAUGGGGUCUUUGAAGCUGCCGCCUUCAACGACGGUGCUGAAAUGGUUGGGAUUUGUCUCCGCCGUGUGGGUUCAGGCCAUUUCCGGCAACAAUUACACCUUUUCCAACUACUCCGACGUCCUUAAGUCUCUGAUGAAUCUCACCCAACUUCAGCUCAAUAAUCUCUCUGUCGCGAAAGACGUCGGUAAAGCCUUUGGCUUACUCGCCGGAAUCGCCUGUGAUCGUUUCCCCACGUGGGUCAUCUUGCUCAUUGGAUCUUUGGAAGGCCUUCUUGGCUAUGGCGCUCAGUGGCUCGUCGUUAGCCAGAGGAUUUCUCCGCUUCCUUAUUGGCAGAUGUGCAUUUUCUUGUGUAUGGGCGGAAACAGCACGACAUGGAUGAACACGGCGGUGUUGGUGACAUGUAUCAGAAACUUCCGGAAGAAUCGCGGCCCUGUUUCCGGCAUACUUAAAGGCUACGUUGGUCUCAGCACCGCGAUUUUCACCGAUCUCUGUACUGCUCUGUUUUCCAACGACCCUUCUUCCUUCCUCGUCAUGCUCUCCGUUGUCCCCUUCGCCGUCUGUCUCUUCGCCAUGUUCUUCCUCCGCGAAAUCCCACCUCCGACAACCGCCGCCGACACCCAGGAGGAAUCCAACUUCUUCGCCAUCUUCAACGCUCUAGCCGUCAUCGUCGCCGUCUAUCUCUUGUGCUUCGAUUUCAUAAAAAACUUCGGCACCGUCGUCUCCCAAUUGUUCUCCGUCGGGUUACUAAUUCUCCUCGGAUCCCCUUUGAUCAUUCCGAUGUACUCGUUUUUCAAGAAUUGCCACUCGAAUUCAGCCCAAUCGGAUUUGGAGACGCAAACAGAGGAGCCGCUGUUGAAGGAAGAAGCCACCGUUGCCGCUCCGGUAAAGGAGGAAAUAACAGAGGAGGAGCAGAAACGGCCAGUGAUCGGAGAAGAACACACGAUUAUUCAGGCGGUGAAAACCAUUGAUUUCUGGGUAUUGUUCAUAUCGUUCCUAUGUGGAGUUGGGACCGGAUUGGCGGUGAUGAACAAUAUGGGUCAGAUCGGAUUAGCUCUGGGCUACGCCGAUGUCUCCAUGUUCGUCUCUCUCAUAAGCAUUUGGGGCUUUUUCGGCCGGAUCCUCUCCGGUUCCCUCUCCGAGCAUUUCCUCAAGAAAUUGGGCACACCAAGACCCUUAUGGAAUGCAGCAUCUCAAAUUCUAAUGACAAUUGGCUACAUUUUGAUGGCGAUGGCAAUGCCGGGGUCUCUCUACAUUGGCUCGGUCAUAGUCGGGAUCUGUUACGGUAUUCGUCUCUCAAUCACCGUCCCCACAGCCUCGGAGCUCUUUGGCCUCAAAUACUAUGGUCUCAUCUACAACAUUUUGAUCUUGAACCUCCCAAUCGGGUCGUUCCUCUUCUCUGGGCUUCUCGCGGGAUUCCUCUACGACAUGGAGGCAACCCCAACGGAGGGCGGGGGGAACACGUGCAUCGGCGGGCAUUGCUAUAGAAUUGUGUUUGUUGUGAUGGCGUUGGCUUGUGGGAUUGGGUUGGGUUUGGACAUUUGGUUGGCGUAUAGGACCAAGGGGCUUUAUUCUAAGCUGAAAGGUAACAAGAGAUCAAAGAAGGGAAGCAGCGAUAAUAGCUCGUUGAGUUGAAGAUGAUUUAGAAUUGGUGGAUUGAUGGGAAUUUUUACCCAUCAAUAAAAAUAACAU